GCCUAUAUCUGCCUCAUUGUCAUCAAUCUGUUUGUGGGCAUCACUUGUAUUGUCACAUCUUUCCUAUUGGAGGCCUUUCUCUUCUCGUCCAGUGUUUACGUUCCGAUAUUGGCAUACAUUCAUCGCAUACUGAAAGUGGUUUUCCUAAUGUUUCCCAACUAUUGUCUCGGCAGAGGUCUUAUGGACAUCGCGUUCAACGAAUACCAGAACUACAUCUACUCGAAGACAGGGGAGUACUCGAAGAUGCGGUCGCCAUUCGCGUGGGAACUGGUGACCCGUAAUCUGGUGGCGAUGCUGUGCUCGGGGUUUGCCUUCUUCCUGAUCACACUGUUAUGUGAGUACAAUCUGUUUCAACUGCUGGGUCUUCGCCGCCGAACGCCGGACAACCCGUACCGCACGUCAGACCCGUCGGGCGAAGACGAAGACGUGGCUCAGGAACGGCUGCGGGUGUUGUCCACCGACAACGACAGCGACAAUGUGUUGCGACUGAAGGAGUUGACCAAAGUGUUCAAAAAGCCGCAAAAACAUCUGGCCGUGAAUCGGCUGUGUCUGGACGUGACGCGGGGCGAGUGUUUCGGUCUGUUGGGUGUGAACGGGGCGGGGAAGUCGACCACGUUUAAGAUGCUGACCGGCGAUAUACCGAUAUCGGCGGGCGAUGCCAUCAUUAAUCACUACUCUGUCCGCGAAGACCUACAUCGAGCCCAAGCGAACAUUGGUUACUGUCCACAGUUUGACGCCCUAUUCGAUGAGCUGACGGCCAGAGAACACCUCAAGUUUUACGCCCGACUCCGUGGCGUCAAAGAGGAAGAGUUGGCCAUCGAAACGGUCAUCAAACGAGUGCAGUUGACCGAACACGCGGACAAACUGGCCAGAGAUUAUAGC